AUGGAGAGUCGCCAACCACCACCCGAGCGCUCCAGCUCAAACGACUACAUCGACGAGACACAGUUGUCGUUCAACAAGCUUGAGGCGCAGAGAUGGGAUCGCGCAUUGGAGAGCUCACAGCGCGCACUCAACCAGUCGAUGAACUUGCCCUCCUUCCAGGACCUUUGUAACUACAGCGCAACCAUUCGGGGCCACGACUUUCAAGGGAGUCCAGCCUGGUCUGACGGCUCUAUGAGCGGUGGCCCGGGUGACGACACUUUCCAGUCUCCUUCUAGCGACACUACUGUUAAGAUGGACCAUGGCUGCCGCUUCGGUCAGGUUGGUGAUAUGUAUGCCCGGGGUCAGGCGCUCAACGUCGCCAUUCCUAGAUCAGAGACGGGUGCUACGAAUGGCUCCGCGUCUUCAGGUUCUGAUAUCUCACCGUUGUCUCAGCGCCAGUCCUUCGCCGGCGUCGCGGUCGAGUCACCUUUUCGACCUGAGUUCGGCGGUCCGGUCCAGACUCCAUCCAGCCACAGCAUGAGGUGGUCUCCUGCGCAGCUGCAGAAAGAUAUCGCACGAAACUCCGACAGCUUCUAUUCCAACCCCAAUAUAGCCAAGACUCAGGUUCCCUCCCGUCCGCAGUCAACAUUCCCCAUCCCACGAAACAUGCCUUUCGAGGAGAUGAUCGUACCGCGCGGACCGAACCUGCAUCAGCGAAGACUCGAUGCUAGAGUGUCAAGCUCACCGGGUAUACCGUCGCCGCUAGGUCCUGGACGUAUGCGAGAGCAGCUCCACGAGGGAGACGUUGGAGACAUGUCGCUCUCACCGGUCCCGAACGGACGUCUCCACACGAGCGAUCAGAUGAAGUACGGAAAGCACAACUCAAGCAACAAGGAUACGAAGAAUGUCUGGCAGAACACCCCGUCUCCACAUUCACCUACAGUGCAGCGCUACGCAUCCAGCGGCUCGAUCGACUCGCCCAUGUUCGACGUAUACCCGCGCAGCGCUGAGAUAGAUGGCGAAGGGAACUUGACUUUGGGUGGUUCGCCGUUCAGUAACGGGUCUGGACAUGCGAGGAAGCACACUGAUCCUUUCGUCGACCAUAUGCCGUUCCAAAUCAGCACGGGGUCGACGACUCGCAUGUGUGGAGUUGGUGCGCCUGGUUGGCCUAUCCCACCGGCUACCACUCGCCCGCCGUCUAUUCAUCCUAGCAUGUAUGGACGUACUCGGCCGCCUUUCCACAACCCAGCGGGUAUUCAGAUGUGUGGAAGUAACAAUGGGAUUAGCUGGGAUCCCAAAUCUCCGGAGUUCGUGGGCAUGGUCUCUACUGAUCGCUUACGUGGUGGUAACAGUGGCUUCGACACUGGAUCUCAGUCGCUCAACCGCCCGCCGUUUGGUAAUGGUCAGACAUGUGGAACUACGCCUCUUGAUCGCCCGUCUAAUGCGAUUGUGUGCGAAGCUCCUCUAGCCACACCAUCACCAUCUGAGACUCGCACGAGCAGCGGUUUCAAGCCCUUCGUACCCUCAUCUCAGUCAUUCGGCAAGCCUUUCAUGCCCUCAUCUGAGUCGUUCGGCCAACCGCUUCGUACAUCCUCCACCGCAACAUGGCCCACCUCCGCGCCCUCGACAUCCGGCUUCGCCACCCCAGCCUCUACAGAACCUCCGCACUCCGCACACGUUCCAAGCUUCCAAGCCCGUCUACCCCUCCGCUCAAACCUACCCAUCCCGCCUCCACCCCUAUCUUCCAUCCAAGGCCAGUACGACCACAGCCCCGAAGCCCGCGCCCGUCUCGACGCCCAGAAGCCCAUCCGCUCAGCCUGGAUCCGCGGCGAAGCGUCCAAGAUAGCCCAGCUAGCAAAACUUCGCCACGCAAUGGAGAAGCGGUACGAGGAAACCCGUUCCGACGCUGACUACUCGGCCUGGCAAACCCUCCAAGCCGCCUACGACGACGCUACGAACCUGGAGAAGAGGCAGGAAGAGAGGCGGAACCUUUUUCUUGAGGAGAAGAAGAUGGAGGCGUUGAAAACUGAUAACACCGAAGAUAUGUCACUUGCGAGUCGUGAUCGUGCUGGUGUAGAUGGGGAAGAGAAGUUGCUCGGGUAUAAGAUGGCGCUUAUGGAGCGUGUGUGUGCGGAGGUUAAGCCUGAUGAGGAUGAGGAGGCUAUUACGGGUGAGAUGUUGGCGACGUUGAGUAAGGAGGAGAACAAGGCUAUAAGGAAGCUGCUCGUUGGUCGUAUGGAGCGGAUGGCUUGA